AUGCGUUUUCCGUUCAGACCAAACGUAGUGUUCAGACUUUGGCAGUCAAAGAAAAAUAUCCAGCUUAGGCACCCGUUUACAACAGCUCUGGUUUGGAGAGCCAUGGAGGAUAAAGAGUCUUUGAAGAAGCGUUUGACACCAAUACAAUAUCAUGUUACCCAAGAAGCUGGAACAGAGAGACCAUUUACAGGUUGCUACAACAAAUUAUAUGAUGAGGGAUUAUAUGUAUGCAUAGUUUGUAGACAAGAGUUGUUUAGUUCUAAGACUAAAUUUGAUUCCGGUUGUGGCUGGCCUGCCUUCAAUGAUGUUCUCGCCAAAGAGAAGGUCACAUUACAUCAGGACACAAGUGCAGUUGGAGGGAAUAUAUUACUGGUUUUAACACGGCCAGGUUUGGUGCGAACUGAGGUGCGAUGCUCCAAGUGCUCCGCACAUCUGGGACAUGUGUUUGACGAUGGGCCUGCACCCACCAAGAAACGUUUUUGUAUUAAUUCGGCCUCAAUGGACUUCAUACCAGCUGAAGAACGUAAAGACUAA